CAUAGCAUGGCAUCCAGCGGCGUGUACGAUGACUUGCUAAAAUCCAUGGGGAAAGGAGUCGAAGCCUGUGAUGCUCGAAAGUUACCGCCAAAGUUCCGUGAUAUCGUCUCAAACUUGAAGAAGAAGGCACAUGCUAUCGCUAGGGAUUCUUCGUCGAAUGCACUUCCUGAUGACCACGUCAACAACUUUCGAGAUCUGCUGACCAAAACGACAAAGAAGCUGAACAAGCUGGCUAGAGUCCCUAGUCAUAAUCCUGAUAACUUGCUGUUCGAAAGGCUGCAAACGAGCCUAGACGACAUGGGAAGUUUACAUUUUCGAGUGAAAAGUCAAGAUGGUGUCUCUGUGAGUAUCGCAGGCAUUAUUACAAAUUCAGAAGCCAAGAAGUUUUGGUGUGAUUCAUUUGGAAGCAAGGAAGAUCAAGUAGAUUGGGAAAUGUGGGCGACAGCAUACAGAAAAAAGUCUUAUCAACUUGACAAAGACUCCGAGUCCAUUAUCAGAGCGUUUAUUGGAGUAGCAGGAGGAAAGUUUGUUGCUGCUUCAAAGAUGAAUAAUGCAUGCAAGACAUUUGGAUUUCCAUUUAAAAGAGUGAAAUGCUGUCGUGAAAUGGAAUGUCAAUGUAUGGAGUUCAAAGAGAAGAAGUGGAGUGUGAAAAGAAGUUCAGCCGGUAAAGAGAUCGAGACAUGCUUGAAUUGUCAUCAUGGAAAAGACAGACACUAUAUUUUAGAAAAGCUUGAUGAAGAACCAAGGAGUUUAGAGCGUCGAAAUACUGGUGGAAGUGUCAAGGACAAGCAGCUAUUGAUAGAUAAAUCAACUGGUUUGAGACCAUUGCAAAAAAGUAUUUUGCGAAAUAAUCUUGACUUGGCAAGAACGAUAAUCAAAAAUGCGACCGAUAUCGAUGAAAGAGAUGAUGAUGGCUGUACUGCUUUGCAUACGGCAGCUAGAUUUUCUGGUUUUGAUGCAGUACAGCUUCUUCUUCAGCAUGGUGCUAGUAGUAAAGUGUUUGACAAGAAAGGUGUUGCUCCUGUUCAUGUUGCUGCAAGAAGAGGAAAUUUGUCUGCUUUACAAGCUUUAGUGUCUCAUGAUCGCUCUAAUGCUGAGUUGAAAGAUCAAACAGAAAGUAAAGCUACUCCAUUACAUCACGCAGCAGAGGAGAACCGCACAAACGUGAUGGAGUUUCUAAACUCACAGUAUCGCGCUAACAUCAAUGCAACAAACAGCUUAGGCGAGACUGCUGUGUUUGUUGCUGCUGCUUGUGAUAAUCCAGAAAUGAUUACAGCAGCUGUGGAGCUGGGGGCUGAUUUGACUCUCAGAAGUGAUUUUGAUGAAUCUGCUAUGGACGUAGCAGCGACAGAAGAUUCUAUUUCUUGUAUUGUUGCUAUUGCACAAAGAGCUCCUGAAACAGUCACAGCCGUAAACGAUGAUGGCGACCCGUCACUGAGCUGUUGUUUUACUGGUGAAAGUGUUGACAUGUUAGUCAAUCUAGGAGCAGAUCCUUGUCAUAAGAAUGAAAUGGGACGCACACCUCUUCAUGCAGCUGCUACUGACCCAUGUAGACAGGAAGCAGCACGCAGACUGGUUUCCAGAGGUUCUGAAGUGGAUGCCAAAGAUAAGGCAGGCAGGACACCAUUACAUGUGGCAACUUCGAUGGACAACACACUAGGGGUUAACCUACUCAUUGAUGAAGCUGAAGCAAAUGUGAAUGUACGAGACAACGAAGGAAAAUCUCCACUUUUAGUUGCUCUUGAUCGGAACUUCGUGAAUUUGUCGGAAAAUCUUCUUCGCAAGGGAGCAGACGUUCACGUCUCGGAUGUCAGAGGAUUGACUGCGCUUCAUUACGCUUCAAAAAAUGGUUAUGAAAAGCUUUCAAAAAUGUUGUUGGACGCCGGAGUAGUCGUUAAUGCUAUUGACAUUGAAGGAAAGACACCUCUACAUUACGCAGUCGUUAGUAAUCCUCAUUUAGCCAAAUUGCUUGUUGAAGAGGGUGCGGAUAUGUAUAUACGUGAUGCACGAGGAAGCACUGCUCUAGGCUUGUCUCGAAAGAGUGGCCAUCCUCUAAAGCAUCUAACAAGAGAAGAGGUAGAAGUGCUUGACUUUACAGAAGCAUCAAAAGACGAGCUUGCUGUACCACCAGGUCCAACGUGUCCUUCAAAGUGCUUUGCCGAUGGACCAGGUUUGAAAGGAGGGUAUGUGGAUACAAGGUACAGCUUCAGCGUGUUUACUUGUGACGAGAACCGAAAAAUGCAAAUUUCUGGAGGAGCCCCGUUGGUCAUUCGAAUCAUUUUAGCUCACACCAAGGCAAGCAUCACAGCCACUACUGGUCAACCGCAACAAAACGACAAACGUUUGAUGAUAAGAGAUAACAGAGAUGGAACGUAUUCUGUUGCCUUCGAAUUGUCGAAUCCUGGAUCACACCAGUUUCACAUUUCAAUUGCGAGAGAAUCAGUUCAUGGAAGUCCUUAUGUUAUUCCUUUGCAACCAUUCUUUGCUCCUGCACCACCUAUUAUCAGUACCACAAACUUUAAGCCUGCAAAUUAUGCUGAUGAGAAAAUCCAGUUUGCAAAAAACGAAGGAAUCGGUCAAGUUGACAUUGCUAUUGUUUGUGACACUACUUCAAGCAUGGCACCCGAAAUCAAGACUGCUCAAAAGCUGAUGCAAGAUCUCAUAGAUUCUGUCAAUAAUGAAAGUCUUUGCAGGGAAUUAAGAUUAGCCGUUGUUGCGUUCAGAGAUCAUCCACCGGAGGACACUACCUACGUGACUAGGGUUUGGCCGUUGACUUCAGAUAUUUCUUCUGUCAAGGCAGCUGUCAACAGUCUUACAGCCAGAGGAGGUGGUGACAUUCCAGAAGCCGUUGCAGACGCGCUAAAAGAAGUCGUCGAUCUCAACUGGGAUGAAACUCAGAGGCCUCACGCUGUUCGAAUGGCCGUGUUGAUAGGAGACGCUCCUCCACAUGGAAUGCUGUGUGUGAAAAUUGGAGACAAUUUUUGGAAGGGUUGCCCAAGAGGUCAUGAUUGGCUCAUUUUAGCAGAACAAUGUCGCUCUAAGAAGAUCAACAUCUACACAGUCUUGUGCCGAAACGAUCGGUUUGCUGCGCAAGCCUUCAGUGCAAUAGCAGAAUCCUCGGGCGGGAAAUGCGCUAGAAUUCGAUCUGAAAGCGACAACGCUGAAAUCAUAAAUUUGAUUAAACUGCACGUUCAUGUUCAGCUGGACCAACAGCUCACUAGCAGUACAGUGUCAGACGUUAUUAUCAGAAAUCCAUUGGCGGAACGCACGUUUGAACAGCGGCUUGUACGCGUCAAAGAGGAACUGUCUUCUUCAUGCUUUACCGUUAGACGAUUACAAACCGGACGAGGCACGGCCACUAUUCAGAUCAGGUCAGUCUGUGAGGAAGACAUCUACAAAGCGGUAGAAGACUUCAAAUUAUGUGAGCGCCUUGCCAAUACUAAACGAGAUCUAACUCUGAUGGAUCACAUGGGGAAAAAGCUUUAUGCUUUGCGAAAAAUCGAGGGAAAUCUUCCUUCCGUGGCUAAAACUUAUAAUAUUUGACUGUAGAAAAUGACAUGCACGCAUACUCUAAUUGUUCUGCUGGUGUUUUACUGCGGUUGUAAGUGGAUAACUGGUGUGUGACAUUGUUGUAUUAGCUGAGCUGUGCGAAACUCGAUUUUGACGUGUUGCUGUUGGAUCUUAAUUCUAUUUUAGGAGAACCUCUAGCUAGACAGAUGUUAAUUGUACUGUGAUCGUAGUGUAUACAGUUCCCGUAUUAUUCUAGUGUAGUAAGGGAUCUGUCUCGGUCUCUGCUGUAAGAAUAUGUCUGAAUAGCAGUAUUACUUUGUACAGGCUAAUUGGCCGCCCGUAUUUAUGGACAUUUCACAAAUUUGGAAAAACUUUCCGUUUGGGGAUGAGCUAUACGGCUGUACGUUUGGUUCUUUAAACAAAAGUAAAAAUGAACAACU